CAAUAUAUUACAACAUUACUUGAUUCAUUAUACAUUUAAUUAUGACAAUUGAUUAUUUGAUAUAAAUUCCAUAGUGCAGUGUGGAGUAUAAUACAUGGAUAAAAGGAAAAAAACAAUACAAUACAACCAGGAGAUCAAAAUAAAUAGUCGAUGCUCCAGCAAAAAACUUAGACAUCUACUUGAUGAGCUAAGUGAUGAAAAGAAGAGUAUAAUUCAACAUAUUGGCUUUGGUGGAUUACUUCAGCUCUCUUCCACAGAGAUAACGCAUAGCUUAUGUAGAUGGAUAAUAACUCAUUUCAAUAUAGCCCACUGUAGGUUAGACAUAGGACAAGAAAGGCAAUUUCCAAUAACUUGUUCUGAUGUAGGUGAAAUUCUAGGUAUUCCAUAUAUUGGUAGGAGGCUCCUACUUUCACCUACCAAUAGGAAUAAUAGGAUGGAAAACCUAUCAGAUCUUAGAGAGAGGCUGAUUUUAAUGGAAGACAUGGCCGAGUUCAAAAAAUUGUUUAUCUUCUUCUCAUGUGCUACAUUACUUGCUCCAACAUCAAAGUUGGAUGGUAGUCAUGAGUUGUGGUGUACUUUGAUGGCUGGAGACUUUGACAUCAAUGUUAAUUGGGGUCAAUUUGUACUUGACACACUGGUUGCUGGAAUUAGACAUUUUCGAUUGGGUAAAGGCUCAUGGUUUACAGGUUGCCUUAUUUUUUUACAGCUUUUUUAUGUAAAUAAAUUUUACACUCCAACCAUGUUGGUGCCAUGUACCAUCCCAAUAUGUGCAGCGUGGACUGAUGACUUGAUGAAGAAAAGGGUGCAUGCCGAAUUGCAUGAUUAUGGUGAUUAUGGACUAGCUGAUGUUCAAGAAGAUGAAAGGGAGGAAGAUGCACAUGAAGACCUUGGUAAUCCAGUAAAUGAAGUUGAAGAAGAGACUACUGAUGAAAUUAUAGCAGAAUAUAAUGCAGCGGAGAGACAAAUUCACCAAUUGCUGCGAACAAUGAGAGGAGCAAUUGAUAAACUAGCAAAGUGGCAGAAUACAAAUAAAACCCCAUCAUCUUCUCAUCAAAGUAGAAGUCAUAAUCAACCUGAUAUCAAUGAUUCUUUCCCAUCACCACCACAUGCUUAUGGAUCGCCACUGAAUGAUCAUUUUGCUGAUGGUGAAGAUAAUGUAGGCCCAUCAACCUCACAGCCAGCAGCGCAGCAUAGCAUUGAGGAUGAAGUUCAGAUGAAUGCUAUUAUUCCUUACGAGACUGGACAUCCUCCAAUACGUUCAUAUCAGCUACGUCGACAUGCUACUGCCCUUCAAUCACCAUACGUGGUACAACCGUCAAUCAAAUUUUCAGCUUCUUCAUCUGUAGCAAAGCAAGUUUUGGCAUAUGCAUUGGACGAUACACAUGAUGAAAGCCAAAUAUUAUGUUCCAUGCACAAUUUCUUCUUGACAAGGUUUGACUUGAAAUGCUUGGGACCCGACAAAUUGGUUGACAAUAAGGUAUUCAUAUUUAGUUAUGUAAAGUUAGGAUAAAAUUACUCUAAAAUUAUAUAUCUAAUUUUCAUUAAUUUACAUGAAGGUUGUAACU